AUGGAGAUUCUGCACUUCCAGUUUAACUUAAUUCCAAUCUUGCUUGUCUUCUUUAUUCUCUUUCUUCUUGUUAGAAAAUGGAAAGAAAUGAACCAAAGAUUAUUGCCACCAGGUCCAUGGAAAUUGCCUGUUAUUGGAAGCAUGCAUCACCUUAUUGGAGCACUUCCACAUCAUGCUCUUGCAAAAUUAGCCAAAAAAUAUGGACCUCUAAUGCACUUGCAACUAGGGGAAGUUGAUGCAGUUGUAGUAUCAUCUCCUCAUUUGGCAAAACAAAUUCUAAAAGUUCAUGACCUUUCUUUUGCAGCAAGGCCAAAGCUUGUGGCGUCUGAUAUAGUCUUUUAUCGUCAAAAAGACAUUGCAUUUGCAGAAUAUGGUGAUUACUGGAAACAGAUGCGAAAAAUAUGCUUUUCAGAGCUACUCAGUGCAAAGAUGGUCAAGUCGUUUAGUUUAAUUAGACAAGAUGAGGUUCAUAAUCUUGUUACAUCAAUUCGUUCCACACCAGAUGAUGUGGUUAACAUGACUGAAAAGGCUCUUCAACUUACCAGCUCUGUUAUAUGUAGAUCAGCUUUCGGGAAAGUAUGGGAUGAUAGAGAUAAUUUGUUAAUGAUCACGAGGGAAGUACUAGACUUAUUCGCAGGAUUUGAUGUGGUGGAUCUCUUCCCUUCAUGGAAAUUACUUCAUGAAAUCAGUGGAAAGAGAAACAGAUUGAUGAAUAUGCAUCAUAAGCUUGAUGUAAUAAUGGAGAAUAUUAUUGAUGAUUAUAAACAGAAUAAAGCAAAUGGCGUAAAAGGCAACAACGAGUUUGAGGGUGAAGAUUUGAUUGACGUUUUACUUAGAGUUAUGGAGAAUGAUGAACUUCGAUUUCCUGUGACAACUGAUAACAUCAAAGCAGUCAUUCUUGACAUGUUCUUUGUGGGGACUGAAACUUCAGCAACAACAAUACAAUGGGCAUUGUCUGAACUGAUGAAGAACCCAAAUAUCAUGACAAAAGCACAGGGAGAAGCAAGAUGUGUCUGUAAAGGGAAGAAAGAUUUGGAUGACAGUGAUCUCGAAAAGUUGAAAUAUCUGAAGUUAGUGGUUAAAGAAACUCUAAGGUUACACCCUCCAGGUCCACUUUUAAUCCCUAGAGAAUGCAGGGAGGAAACAACAAUAGGCGGAUACACUAUUCCUCUUAAAACCAAAGUGAUUGUUAAUUGUUGGGCUACGGCAAGAGAUCCUGAAAGUUGGGACGACCCUGAAAAUUUUGUGCCAGAGAGAUUUGAAAACAGUUCUGUGGAUUUCAAGGGAAAUCACUAUCAAUUUAUUCCAUUUGGUGCAGGAAGCAGGAUAUGUCCAGGAAUGCAAUACAGUUUAGCGCUAGUGAUGUAUCCCUUGGCACAGUUGCUUUACCACUUUGACUGGAAACUUCCUUAUGGAAAACAACCAGAGGAUCUAGAUAUGACUGAAACAUUUGGAAUAACUGCAAACAGGAAGAAUGAUCUUCACUUGAUUGCCAUUCCACAUGAUUUGUCUCAAUAUUGACACAAAAU